ACUGUGCAAACUUCAGGUUCCCGUCGCGCACGGGUCGAGCCGCGGGGUGUGAGCCGCGCGGGCCGCCGUAGUCAGCUGUUGCGAGCAGGAAGUGUCCGAGGAGUGGGUGGAGACUGCACCAUGGCCCCGGACCCCUGGUUCUCCACCUACGAUUCUACCUGCCAAAUUGCACAAGAGAUUGCUGAGAAAAUUCAACAACGAAAUCAGUAUGAAAGAAAUGGUGAAAAUACAACCAAGCUUACCGUGACAAUCAGAGCUUUGUUGCAGAAACUGAAGGAAAAGAUCGCCCUUUUGAAGGACUUAUUGCUAAGAGCUGUGUCAACACAUCAGAUAACACAGCUCGAAGGAGACCGAAGACAAAACCUUUUGGAUGAUCUUGUAACUCGAGAGAGACUACUUCUGACAUCCUUUAAGAACGAGGGUGCAGAACCAGAUCUCAUCAGGUCCAGCCUGAUGACUGGAGGGGCCAAGCGAGGAGGACCCAACCCGUGGCUCUUCGAGGAGCCGGAGGAGACCAGAGGCUUGGGUUUUGAUGAAAUCCGGGAACAGCAGCAGAAAAUUAUCCAAGAACAGGACGCAGGCCUUGAUGCCCUUUCCUCCAUCAUAAGUCGCCAGAAACAAAUGGGGCAGGAAAUUGGGAAUGAACUGAAUGAACAAAAUGAGAUAAUUGAUGACCUUGCCAACCUGGUGGAGAAUACCGAUGAGAAACUUCGCACCGAAACCAGGCGUGUGAAUCUGGUGGACAGGAAGUCCACGUCUUGUGACUCGGCCUCUGCAGCUGCUGCGGACAGCUUAGAGUUGUCUGAAGGUUGAAGACAAGAACCAAGCCGCGAGCUUACGAGCCAUCAAACUUGAAAGAUGUAUUGAGGUGAAAUACUGCUGCACAGCCUCCCCACCAAACCUUUUUUUUUUUUCUUUCCAAAAUGAAAAAGAACCAUUUGUACUAUACAUGCAUUAAAAAACCCUGCAGCUCACGCACAUAAAAAUCUUCAGCUCUGGCGCUGUUCAAGACAAGAUUGUUUUGGUAACUGCCCACCCCACCCCAAUAGAGCAAACAGUAUAGUCUUCCAAAGCCAAAGUAAUUGCGUGUCGUACACUGGUAUUUAGAGUCAAAGAUCAGUAUAUGUGUGUGGGCCCAAACACCCCUUCCUUCUCUCCUUCGGAGAAGAAUCCUGUGCUAACGGUUAAAUAACUUUGUUUUCAUACCGAAUAUUUAAGUUGCAGAUGUGAGCCACACGGGCAGAGGUUUGAAAUCAAGACAGCUGAACUGCCAAAGGUACUUUUGGAGUUCACGUUCAGCCGUUUGGAUGAAACGGAAACUAACUUCCCGGGGAAGCAUUCAAGUGGAGUUUUUCAUCCCACGUAUGAUCUUGCCCUAUUUAUUUAUUGACUUUUACUUCCAAGCCUUACCUGGGUCUGGCAUUUCCCUUGGCAUCCUCAAAGAGGUCCGGAUCGUUAUUGGCCUGUGUGAAGCACGGUGAUGCGGGGAUUACAGAAGAAGUUGGUUGCAACUUUUCAGUAGGGAGCACGUUAGUCACUUUUGAAGGGAAAAUGUGAAGGUAUUGUUUGUGUUUAAAGUGUUUGUUUUUCUAAGCACAAAUGCCUUAGCAACUGUACGUGAAGACAGGUUUAUUUCGGCAGAAUUUGUGGUAAACAGGGAUGUUCGUUUAUGACCAGGCGAUGGUACGUGGAAUGGUCUCAUUUGCAAUUCACAGGCAUGAUAUAAGCAGGCCACGACCUUCCUGAGAGAGAGUUUGCCACUGUGUGUUUCCCUGAGGUGAUUCCUGCUGCAGAGUGCCAGAGGUACACCGGUAGGUGUCCUCGCUCUGCCUCAUCUAGGGACAGGCGGGCACCCUGUGGUCCAGAGUGCUUUGGGCUGAACCUUGGGUCCUGGAGGCAGGCCUUUGAGAAAUGGCCCAUCAGGGUAGAUCAGGAAGCAGCCUGGGCCCGGGGAGACCGAGAUGUCCCCGAUAUCCCCCUUUGAAUCGUUACUUUGGUGUCUCCUGAUUCUGGUUGUUUUUUAUGUUCAUCCAGAGUCCAGUUUGGCAACUUUAGCAACCAGAGAGAUGUUUCUGUUGACCAGAUGUUGCCUGAGGUGCUCAUUAAAAAUGCAGAUUUCUGAGUGCAACCCCAUGCUUUCCUGAACCUGGCUGGCUCUCUGGAUCCUGGGGCCUGGGAACCUGCUUAUCCCUCCCAGCUCCAACGACCUCCACCCAGGUUCUUAGGCAAAUCCUAUUAUCCAGGGCCAUAUUUUCCAAUUUUCCUUGAUGAUAAGGGUCACAUGAUGCUCUUACUAAAAAUACAAGUUCCUGGGCCCCAUCCUGGAACCACUGAAUCAGGAUCGCCGGGGGGUGGGGCCUGGGAAGCAGGGAGAGCGGAACCUAGUAUUCCAGAAAACUUCAAAUCCUAAGGCCAAAGUUGCCUGCUGGAAACCAUGAGAGGGAAGAAACCAAGUCCCAUCCGUGCCUUUGAAAGACUUUGCAUCUGUUCAUUAAAACAUAAAACCAGCAUGGGGAAUUCCCUGUGGCGGUCCAGUGGUUAGGACUCGGUACUUUCAGUGCCAGGUCCGGGUUCAGUCCCAGGUUGGGAAACUAAGACCCUGCAAGCCAUGCAAUGCAGGAAAAAAAAAAAAAUUCAAAACAAAACCAGCGAAAGACUGAGGGCGACCCAGGGUCUUUGGGCCCCAGGCAAGUCACGUCGGAAAUUUUCAUAAGUUACGUUUACCUGUCCCAUUUCUAAGAACUUCUGAAGCUUUCUAAUUCUGCUAAGUUGAAGUCAGGAUCUAAAAUCAGUCCUUAUUCUCCUGGUUAAAAGAUUAGGGGCAACUUUAAAUUUCUUUUCUUUUCACGAAUUAUUUCAAAAAGUAUGUUUCGUUUGCUAUGAUUCUUCAAAAGCAAGCCUCGCUUUUUAUGCUUUUAAAGGAAAAAACUUUUUCUAUACCUGUCAUCUCUCGUAUCUUCUGAUGUCUUCGACUUCAUCAAUAUGUAAACCGUGAGCUUCUAAGUUUAUUUUCUUUAGCUAAUACUAUCACAGUUAACCUUUUUUUUUUGGUGAGACCUCUGACAUGUGGUUGAUUAUUGGUUUCUUAAUUUGAAGAUUUAUGGGUGGCAAAAUGCUGAUUUUUCUUUUAAAAGAACGUAAAACUGAGAGACAAAACACAGAAUUGUAUAUACCUGAAAAGAGAUGUCCAGAUCCCCUGUAUCCUGCUGAGGAAAUUUCAUUGCAUAAAUGGGUUACUAUUAGUUGAUGGAAAAACUAAGUUAACUGGAAUCCCCAAUUCACCAAUCGUGCCAGUUACCUGAGGUAUUAGUGUCCUGUUUAAACUCUCAGAGCUAUUAAAUUAAAUGGUCAUGACACGAAACCUCAGAAAAGUCUUAUUGUUGUCUAGAAAGAUUGUGUACAGGUGUUACUAGCCUGCUUUAGAAUAAAAAAGGCUUCAGUAUUCUCAAAAAUCAUUUCCUCUGCUGAGGAAAUGCACCAUAGUAAAAUAGCCUUCUCCAGUGCGGUAAUUGCUGGCUUUCCGCUUCAAAAGAAAAAUCCUUGAAUGUUAUUCAGGUUGCAGUUUCCAUCAGACUUUUCUGAAUAGAUGAUAAUAAUUUUGUGUUGGAUUAAUAAAAUAAUUCCAGAAAAUAAAAGGAACCGUAACCCCUACAGACGGAAGUUGUGGGAAACAUCUAGUUGCUUAAGAACAUCGUUUUUAAUUUUAAAAGACUAGUACAGUUGAAGCUUAGGAAGUGAAAAGCGUAUAUUCUAUCCAUUAUAAAAGCUCUACAUUUGAAGCUGGUCUGGUGAAUACUUUUCUUGCGUUUACACUUUAACACCAUGAAAUGAAAACUGAGAAUUCUGUUUCAAACACAGAAGGUUGACUAUUGAUCGAAAGGAAAAAACCUCCUUCAUGUAAGAGAAGUCAUUUCUCUUUAUCCACAACUUGUUGUCAGAGUAAAAGAUAUUAUUUGAUGGCAGCGGGUUUAGGAGUUACUACAGGCAGUCAUGUGAGCUUCAUAAAAUACAUUCUCUCAGAUGCUGAUCACUCGGGGUCACGUUCCAUUUGGGGGUCUGACUGUGCACCCCUUUUUCCCUAUUGAGGAGACCUGUCUGAUUUCCUGGACUACCUUAUCCCCUGACACCCCUAAGUAGUUUCUACAUCAAGCACCUAAGCUCUCUUGCUUCAGCCUGUGCUGGUUGGUGUCUUAGACAUCCCUUAGGUACAUGCAGUUCUUUAUUUGGGUAAAGAAAGACAGAUUCAUCUCUAUAAAGCUACUUUCUCAUUUCAUGUAUUCAAAUUUGCAUUUCCUCUCCGAAUCUCUCGUUUACCUGGGUAGGCUGCCAUAGGUGAGCCAGGGGAUCUCAGCUCUGCUCUUCUUGGCCAGAGAAGUUGGCCAGAGGCAUGUGGAAUAGAGAAAACAGCUUUCCUCUGGCUGACCUUUCUUCCUUUUUUUUUUUAUAAAUUUAUUUUAUUUUUGGCUGCAUUGCUGCAUGCGGGCUUUCUCUAGUUGCGGCAAGCGGGGGCUACUCUUCGUUGCAGUGCGUGGGCUUCUCAUUGCGGUGGCUUCUCGUUGCGGAGCAUGGGCUCUAGGCACGCAGGCUUCAGUAGUUGUGGCUCGCAGGCUCUAGAGCACAGGCUCAGUAGUUGUGGCGCACGGGCUUAGUUGCUCCGUGGCAUGUGGGAUGUUCCCGGACCAGGGUUCGAACCCGUGUACCCUGCAUUGGCAGGCGGAUUCUUAACCACUGCCCCACCGGCUAAGCCCCCGGCUGACCUUUCUUCACACUCUGAUCAACAGCUAAGUCUAAGGAUCAGGGAAAUGUGGUGGAUCGUUACGUUAAUAAAACAGACACCUGGAGACACUUUCAUUAAUUUAAAAAAAGGAUAGGGCUUCCCUGGUGGCGCAGUGGUUGAGAGUCCGCCUGCCGAUGCAGGGGACACGGGUUCGUGCCCCGGUCCAGGAAGAUCCCACAUGCCGCGGAGCGGCUGGGCCCGUGAGCCAUGGCCGCUGAGCCUGCGCAUCCGGAGCCUGUGCUCCGCAACGGGAGAGGCCACAGCAGUGAGAGGCCCGCGUACCGCAAAAAAAAAAAAAAAAAAAAGGG